CUCUGUCGUUCUUUACUUUUCACUCAAAACAGAAAACACGCCAAGACAGAGACAGAACAGAACACUACGUCCAAAUUCCUUCUGGACUCCGGACACAUGGCACCGACUGACCACCCUCCUCGUCCACGCAGAAAAAGAAGGCUCCAGCCAACAACCGCUGAGCAGACCCAUCGUCGCCAUCCCCCCGCGCGCGCGGACCACCACGAGACGGACGGACGUUCAUAGACCGGCACCCGUCCGUGCGCCUACGCAGGCAGAGACGCCCACGUGCCGCCGCAGAGUUAAAACCAAAACUGCUUCCCCGAUACGAAAGCCAAGAUCCUAACCGACUGCCUCGUACCGAUAACCGCGUCACGCCACGCGGCGCUCUCAGUCCAGGGAACUCGCCAACGGCCGGAGCCCCGAUCGACUGACUGCGUCGCAUGGAGCGGAGGCGCCCGCAGAUCGCGCCGUCGCCGCCGGUGUCGCGGCGGAAGGCGGCGGCGGCGGCGAGCCAGGAGUGGCUGGUGGUGCCGGCGGCGGGGGAGCAGCGCGCGGGGGAGUUCGGGAGGCACCGGAUCAUGGAGAUGACGGGGCUCCCGGCCCGCGACCUCCGCAUGCUCGACCCGCUCCUCUCCUACCCGUCCACCAUCCUCGGCCGCGACCGCGCCAUCGUCGUCAACCUCGAGCACGUCAGGGCCAUCGUCACCGCCGCCGAGGUGCUCGUCCGCGACCCCAGCAACCCGCGCCUCCGCCCCUUCCUCCAAGAACUCCACGCCCGCCUCGCGCUCCCGGAUGCGGUUACCACGAAUCCGGCAACCGACGGCGGCGACGAUCAGGGCAACGUGCCAAUCUCCGGUAGUGCCAAGAUCCCGCCCUUCGAGUUCAAGGUGCUCGAGGUCUGCCUCGAACACACAUCCAAGUGCAUGGAAACCGAGACGUCGGUCCUCGAGAGUGAGGCGUAUCCGGCCUUGGACGAGCUGACCACCAAGGUUAGCACGAGCAACCUGGAUGACGUCAGGCAGAUCAAGAACCGCCUGGUCCAGCUAUCAGGCCGCGUGCAGAAGGUGAGGGAUGAUAUCGAGCACUUGCUAGACGACGACACGGAUAUGUGCGAGAUGUAUCUGACGAGGAAGCUUGCGUUUCAAGGAGUCAACAACGAGUCGUCCGUUAAUGUGGAUUCCAACAAGCAUGCAUUCCCUGAUCAUGAUCAUGAUCAUGAGAAGGAGGAAGAAGACCGUGGCGGUGAUACGGCGAGCUCCCACGGAAGUUCUGCUUGUGUUAAGCAUGUUGAAGAGUUGGAAAUGCUUCUUGAAGCUUACUUCGUGGAGUUCGAUGGCACGCUGAACAAGUUAUGCCAUCUCCGCGACUAUGUGGACAAUACUGAAAACUACAUCAACCUGAUGUUGGACAAGAAGCAGAACCAGCUGCUGCAGAUGGGCGUCAUGCUCACCACGGCGACCGUGGUGGUCACCGCGGGCAUCGUCGUCGUGAGCUUGUUUGGCAUGAACAUCCAUAUCGAGCUGAUGGCGGAUCCGGAGACCCCCGAGAUGGCGAGGAUCAAGAACAUGAAGUUCUGGGAGACCACCUGGGGCACCGUCGCCGGUUGCGCCGCCAUAUACCUCCUGGCCAUCUAUGCAGGGAAGAAGAGCAAAUAUUUGCAGUGAUGGUGCUUCAUUCUCGGUUCCGCGCCGGACGGAGGAAGCAUCGGAGCGCAAGUUCUGCAGUCCAGGGCACGUUUUCGCCGUCACAAAAGGGUUUCCCUGCCCUGAGAAUAUGAUACGAUAGCUUUCUUCCCUGCCCUGAGAAUAUGAUACUAUAGCUUUCUUUCUGUUUGGUAUUGUCUGUGAGAUGCAGUAGUAGCUGAUGCGUUGGUUUGGGUAGGAAUAAUUGAAUCGUGGCUAUAAGAUCUGCCUUGUCGUAUCAUGAUUUACAGUUUCGUAGUUUUGAAGUGUUAUUUUGAGCCAUAUUGAUUCCAAGGUUCCAACA